AUGCGUAAGCGUGGUACAGAUGAUAGAAAAGCGCCUCAGCAGCGUCAUGAGGACCCACGCCGGCAACCUACGGCUGCGACAUCUAGAUCCGAGGCUUGCGAUAAACCCGGCUCGGUCAUCGACGCAUCCAUGGAAGAAGUCCUAGGAGCACGGAAUACGGUGACUGGUGCAACUCCGCACUACCCAGGCAACUCUCAAAGAAGGCGAGAUGUUCAAACCAGACCCGAACGUAUAAAAGAGGCGAAUCAACUUGCCUCUGAAGAUGAAGCAGCAAAUUCAGACUCUGACGCACUACGUCGUUUACUUAAAGAGAGAGACGUGGAACAGCAACAGCUACUCAGGAAAUUGAAGCGGUUGCGAGAGACACAAGAAGAUACGGUUCAUGACUACGGGGCGGCAUUACGCGAACGUGAAGCAACUAUACAAGAACUGUAUAAUCAAAUCCAUUCAAAAUCAAGAGCAUUCGACGAGCUUCAGCACUCCAAUGCACACCUCUUGCAGAAACUGGACGAAAUUCAAGAACGAGUCUUCCGCUUCAUGAACAAGGGCGGAUCUACAUCUCAGGGAGACGAAAAGACACGCAAUGAUCUAUUGAGACUUGGGGACAAAAUGAAAGCAUGGGCGAGAAACAACAGUUCCCCAGCUGAGCAACGAAUAAAGGAGCUUUCGAUAGAUCAAAAACAGGAGAUUAUAUCAGACUUAUCCGGCUAUUGCCUUCAACAUGACUGGGACGACUUGAUGCAGAUGAUGCCGCCUAAAAUUGUGGAACGAAUUACUGUUUUGUUUGUCCAGGCAAUGCUCUCUAAACAUGUCUUUUGCAAGUUUUUUAGCAACCCCUUCUUUGUACUAGAAGGGCAAGAACAGACUAUAUUCCCAGCCUCGCUUCAAUUGUUUAACUUAUAUCAGGCUAUUAUGGAAGCCGAUGAAACCGAAGCCCAUGUUUGGCGGUCACAGUUAAUCCGGCUCUUCCAGACUUCUGAAAAGGCUUCCCAGCUAGACUCUCCGCUAGGAAAGGCGCUACAUGGCUCUCUUUCUCGCAUGGCAGCUCAGCUCAGAGAGGAUUUCCUGCAGGGGCCGGCGAGAUACCUGUUAUUAACCCCAUCGAACGAGCGCGCAUCGCAGGUGAGAAAAAUGCUAGAGGAUAUUUUCUACUACGCAGCACAGCUAGCGCUAUCUUUAUGGACACAAAGAUCUUUUUUGAAAUAUCAAACUCUCCGGGACUUGUCACGGUUUUUUAACGGUAGAGAAAAUGUCGGUGCCCAUGCACUGCAUCGUCUUGAUGAAGAAGAUACAAGACUAGAUGGCAAGCAAGUUCUUGUGGUUAUUCAGCCUGCUCUUCUUGCUUUUGGAAACGAUGAGGCUGAGUACUACGACCAGCAUAAGGUCUGGGCAAAGGCGAUGGUGUUGAUAGACGAGAGGUAA